AUGUUGAAAGGAAAGAGUCAGAAAGAGUUAUUAAAGUUAUCCAAGAGGAUAAUUCAACCGUUGUUACCGAACUAUUACAAAGGACAAGGUGGGAAAGUGGUGGUUAUAGGAGGCUGUGAAGAUUAUACGGGAGCACCAUUUUUUUCAUGCCAGGCUGCUUCGUUGAUUGGAAGUGAUCUUAGCCAUGUUAUUUGUGAGAAAUUGGCGUCCCCAGUGAUUAAACUGUAUUCACCUGAUCUAAUGGUGCAUCCUUAUUUAUACGAAUUGACCAACCCAGAAGUUUCCAAUUAUUUCAGCCCUUCAGAUAUCGAAAAGUUUACAGCCAUGAGAUUAGAGGAUAUCAUAAGUAAGGAUUUCAAGAAGUUUGACGAUUUUAUAGAAUCUAAAAUUCUUCCAAAGGUGCUACAAUUAAUAAAUAGAGGUGACAUUUUUGUAAUAGGUCCUGGAUUUGGGAGGGACAGCCUCAUGUUCAAGUCUAUGAUAAAGAUCAUAGAGCAAAUCAAGGUCGUCAACAAACCUAUGAUCUUGGAUGCUGAUGCAUUGUUCUUGGUAAGCUUAGACCCUACAAUAAUCCAAAAUUACGAAAAGGGAAUCCUUACCCCAAAUUUGAUUGAAUUUGAGAGGAUAGGUAAUAAAUUUAACCUAAAAUCAAUCUUGAAAGAAACCAAUUUCGACAAAGUAUUAGAAGUCACUUCAGAAUUGUCCAAGAUAUUAGGUGGUUUAACAAUCAUUCGUAAGGGGGAUAUAGAAUUAAUUGUUAAUGGUGACGAUUACUUGGUAAAUGACAUGAAAGGGUCCAAUAGGAGGGUGGGUGGACAAGGAGACACAUUGACGGGAUGCUUGGCUACAUUCGUAAUCUGGUCGUAUCAUUAUAAUGAAGGUUAUUGGCCCAAGGAAGCUGUUUCAGAAGAACCCGAGUUACGAAACAAGGACCUGUUGUUAUUAGCAUGUUUUGCCGCCAGCGGGGUCACUAGACUAGCCAGCAGUAAAGCUUACAAGAAUUCCGGAAGAGCUUUGCAAACCAGUGUAUUACAAAGCUACUUGGGCGAAGCGUAUAGUGAGUUGUUUGACAACGAAGAUUUUGUGAAGUUGUAA